AAAGCAACUAGAAUAUAUUUAAAUAAACUCGUUUAAUACUAAUUAUGAACCAUCCCUCGUAUAUCAACAAUCUUAUUUAUAAAUCUUCAUUUUUUAUAUUGUGAUCUUUUACUAAUAAGUUAUCAACGAAAUAUUCCACUACGUUAUAUUAUUUAUCUAUGGUUACUAAUACGUGGUUUUGUACUACACUGAAGUGCGUUCGUUUUAUCUCCAUGGUAACGCACCAUAGAAACAAGAUAAAUAUUGUGUAUGGUGAAACUAGUGCCAGAACAAAAUUAUUUGAUAACAGAAUUGAAAUAUAAUAAAAAAUGCCUUCGUCAUACACCCCACGUUCUAUAUUAACAGAUAUAGAAAUCGAUGACGAACUCAACGAGUUCGUUAGUAGAUUUAAAGAUGUUGAAAUGACGCCAGAUGAAAUGAAUUUGAAAAUACAAGCAGACAGGGUCAUUUAUAUAUUGAACAUAUGCAUGGCUAAAAUGAAUACUAUCGCGCAUUUGCCGUUCAUUUUAGAAAAUGACGCCGAAUUGAUAAGGAAACAUUUAAAACCCAACGAACUCAGCUUCGCUUUGGAUAUUUUCAACGAAUGGGGUAUACCAUUGUCCUUGGAAGAAUUGUAUUUCACUGAAAACAUUCAGGAUAGUCUGAGACUUGGAACGGUUUGUUUUACUUGACGUUUUAUGGAAAACAUAUAUUGAUGAACGUUUUUUAAAGGUGAAUAAAUCGAUGAGGAGAUCGCAAUUUACCGCCAUUUUACCGGAAGCAUUUCCAAACCCAGCUGUAUAUCAACUAGUUGAUAUAUUAUUUCAUAAUAAAUGCAUACAAUCCGCCAUACGUUUAGCCGAAAAACCGAAAUUGGAUAAACAGGUUGUGGAUCUCAUUAAACUGUUACAAGAACUCAAGGAAAUUACGAAAACGAAAGUUUACGUUACAGGUAAAAAUAAAAAUAAUAUGUAUUCUUAGAUAUUCUGCACAAUAUGACAACGUCGCGAUUAAACGUUCUAACAAAUUCUAAACAAGCGGACGCACCUUAAAAAUAAAUUUAGACUGUUCCAUAGUAGAGAUGAGACAAUCGUUUUUCUAAACACACCAUUAUAAAAAAUUAUUUCGUAUUUCUACUUAUUAGGAAUAUGAAAUAUCUCAUUCUAAUUACAGGGGAACAAGAAAAAGCAAUGGAUAAGGAAUUGAGGAGGGCGUACAAAUCUAAUUUAUCGUUGACUGUCGUUAUCGAGGAUUUAAAAGAACAGCUUAAAAAACAAAGAAAAGAACUCGAAGAACAACUUGACGAGAAAUUGAAAAUUGUCGAAAUGUACAACGAAAAGAUACAAAAUGUUAGGGAAAACUUCGAGUUAGAAAUGGGUAGAACCCUACGAGAUUCCGAAAAAGAAAUGAUGUACAAGACUUUGGAAAGCGAAGAAAAACAACACGUUUUAGCGGAAGAAGCGGAAAAGAUUGUAAAACAUUACGAAGACGUUCUUCGAACGAAUUUGCAACAAGAAGACAGUUCGAGAGCUAAACGUUCCAAAAUCGAAACGCAACUACAGAAUUGGAUAAAUACAUUCGACCAAGAUAUCGGCGAAAAACAGGUAUAUAUAACAGUUCCGUCUAUCGGUUAGUUAACACCUCUACAUUAUAUUCCAUAGAUAAACCAUUAAUACGAUAGAGGUUUAACUUUAUUUAUUUAGUAAUGAAAUCGAAACAAAAAAAUAUUUAUUUGUAACAAAAAUAGAAGAAGGGGUGAUUGAACUUUCUAGUUAUAUUUUUUUUAUAAAAGGCGCAGUUCGAUCUACUCCAAGAAGAAUACGACAAAAAGAAAGCGGAAAUAGAUGAGGUUCAAAAAAUAAUAGACGAACAAGAAGAGGAAUACGAUAUAUUGAUGGCCGAAAAAGAAGAAGAAGAGGAACGGUUAUUCAAUGAAAUGGCUUACCAAUUCUUCUUAGAUAGAUCAGCUAGAAAAAUCCAAAAGUAUUGGCGGGCGUAUAUGGAAAAGAAAGCCUCU